AUGGUGCCGUCAUGUGCGCCGAUGUUGAGCGGUCCCGUAUUCUUGAUCUCGAUUCUCUUCUCUGCUGCGUUUGGUGAAGCGGCCCUCAUCCCCUCCUCAGCAGCAGAAAGCGGCUGGGCUACGGGUGUACCUCUGGGAACAAGGGAUGCUUUGGAGGAACUGCUACGCCGCGGUUCCGACGCUCCCCUUGCAGCUGAAGAGGCCCCCGAGGGGCCCCCCUGGGGAUCACGACGCUCCCUUUGCAUUUUGGGUUCCACAGGCAGUGUGGGGCAGCAGGCGCUGGAGGUCGUUCGACAGUUUCCACGUUUCUUUAAAGUCAAGGCCUUGGCCGCUUCUGGUUCGCGGCUGAAACGUCUUGCAGAGCAAGCGCUUGAGUUCCGGCCGGAGUUCAUAGUUGUUGAGGACGCCGAGAGGGCUGAAGCCUUAGAGGAGCUGCUGAGCGAAGCCUUCAAAGUUCAUUGCACAAGCAGCGCGAAGCGUAGGCUACCCACUAGCGGAUCAGAAAAGGAUCAUCUAGGACGCCCCACUGUGCUGCAUGGUGUGGAGGCUCUGGAGAACACAGCGCGUCUACCGGGUGUGGACUGCGUUCUGCUCGCAAUUUCGGGGUUCAAAGGCUUGAGGCCGGCCCUUGCAGCUUUGCGGGCUAACAAGGACGUGGCGCUUGCCACGAAAGAGGCCCUUGUUGCUGCAGGUCCAGUCUUCCGGAAGCUGUUUAGCGGGGUAUCAAGGAAUGCCCCCGCGGAAUCUUUGGGAACAGGAGGCGAUGGACUGUACGCCCGCAAAGUAAACAGAAAGGGAGAGGCACGCGGUUUGAGCCAUGGAAGGGGGGGACAAGGAGAUAAAUGUUACGGGGGGAUGGGGCGGCUACUACCAGUUGAUAGUGAGCACAGUGCCAUAUUUCAAGCUCUUCAGGGAGUCCCGCCCUCUGCAUACCCCCCCGCAAAAUUGUUUCUUUGCGCUUCGGGGGGCCCCUUCCUGGGGUGGACAUCAAAGGAUCUCCUACAUGUUAAGGUUCAGGACGCCCUCAAACAUCCUAAGUGGACAAUGGGAUCGAAGAUAACGGUCGACAGCGCAACGCUAAUGAACAAAGGUCUAGAGGUGAUAGAGGCCCACGAGGCCUUUGGAGUCCCCUAUGACUCAAUCCGCGUGCUUAUUCAUCCCCAGGCAAUUCUGCACUCCGCCGUCGAAAUGCAAGAUGGCGCCGUCAUCGGACAGCUUGGGCUUCCAGACAUGAAACUGCCAAUCGCCUACGCUUUCAGUUGGCCACACAGACUCCCGAAAACAUUCGAGUGUCUGGAUUUGGCGUUCGAUGCGGGGCGCCGGAGUGGUCUUUAUCCAGCAGCUCUCAAUGCAGCGAAUGAGGAAGCCGUGUCUCAGUUCCUACGGGGGCGAAUCCACUUUACAGAGAUUCCCACCCUUCUUAAGCAUGUCAUGCGUAUGGCAGAUGGGCAAAUUUCGUCUUCACCAAACACUGACAUAACCCUCGAAGAUGUGGAGGAGACAGACACAUGGGCCCGGCAGAUGGCCAAAACCUUCAUCCCCAACCCCACACUCUCCCCUUAG